GCUGAGAGAGGGACAGCCACUUGCUCUGCUGGUCAGUAGCAAUCCCUGCUUUGAAGGUUUUUCUUUUAAAAGGAACAAUCUGUAUGAGAUCAUCCUGAAGCUGCACAGGAUGCUGCUUUUACAGUUCUACAGGUCUGGCGCUUUGCUUGGCUUUAACUUCAUGAAAGUUGUAACAGCUUGAUUUGUAAGAUCUUGAGGACUCAGAUGUCUGGGGUGGAUGAAUACAGCUUCCGUGUUUCAGGUGUUACUGCCCUGUAGCAAUCGGCAGAUGGCAGGCUUGAAGACAAACGCGGGACAAUGUCGGAGGUGCGACAUGAUAGCACGAGCAGCUUGCAGCGGAAGAAGCCACCAUGGUUGAAACUGGACAUCCCGGUGCCGGUGCCCAUGUCGGUGCCAGAAGAGCCUCUGCCAGUGCAGCCAACAAGACGUCAGGCCUUUCUGCGAAGUGUGAGCAUGCCUGCUGACAACAGCCGCGUGCCCUCCUUGCCUAAUGAAGUGAGGAGACCGGUGCUACAACGACAGACCUCAAUCACCCAGACCAUCAAGAGAGGCACAGCUGACUGGUUUGGAGUAAGCAAAGACAGUGAUGCUACACAGAAAUGGCAGAGAAAGAGCCUUCGCCACUGCAGCCUGCGGUAUGGGAAGCUGAAACCUCAGGUCAUCCGGGAAAUGGACUUGCCCAGUCAGGACAAUAUUUCUCUAACAAGCACAGAAACCCCCCCUCCACUCUAUGUUGGGCCCUGCCAGCUGGGCAUGCAAAAGAUCAUAGACCCUUUGGCCCGUGGCCGAGCUUUCCGUAUGGCUGAUGACAACGAUGGCUGCAGCAUCCCCCACACGCCGAUCACGCCAGGCGCCACAUCGCUCUGCUCCUUCACCAGCUCACGCUCGGGCUUCAACCGUCUCCCACGGCGGCGGAAACGGGAGUCUGUUGCCAAAAUGAGUUUCCGAGCAGCUGCAGCUUUGGUAAAGGGGCGCUCCGUGAAGGACAGCACACUGAGGAGGGCUCAGCGGCGCAGCUUCACCCCGGCAAGUUUCCUGGAGGAGGACACGGUGGAUUUCCCAGAUGAGCUCGACACUUCUUUCUUUGCUCGGGAAGGAGUCCUUCAUGAGGAGCUCUCUACGUAUCCAGAUGAGGUGUUUGAGUCGCCAUCAGAAGCUGCAGUCAAAGAUGCUGAGGUGAAACCUCUGGAUCAGACAGAUCUCACAGGAGGUGCCUUGGACAAAAAUGAGCUUGAAAGAAGCCACUUGCUACUCCCACUGGAGCGAGGCUGGAGGAAGCAAAAGGACGGGGGCCUGGCACAGCCCAAGGUCCGCUUGCGGCAGGAGGUGGUGAGUGUCAGCCCACAGAAGCGUGGCCAGCGCAUUGCUGUCCCUGUCAGGAAGCUUUUUGCCAAGGAGAAGCGGCCGUAUGGCCUGGGGAUGGUGGGGAAGCUGACAAAUCGGACAUAUCGCAAGCGCAUCGACAGCUACGUGAAGCGGCAGAUUGAGGACAUGGAUGAUCACAGGCCUUUCUUCACAUACUGGGUCACCUUUGUGCAUUCACUCAUCACCAUCCUCGCUGUGUGCAUCUAUGGUAUUGCCCCUGUGGGGUUCUCACAACACGAAACUGUUGAUUCAGUCUUGCGAAACAGAGGAGUUUACGAAAAUGUCAAAUAUGUUCAGCAGGAAAACUUCUGGAUUGGCCCCAGCUCAGAGGCCCUGAUCCACCUGGGGGCCAAGUUCUCACCAUGCAUGAGGCAGGACCAGCAAGUGCACAGCUUCAUCAAGGCAAAGCGGGAGAAGGAGAAGCACUCUGCUUGCUGUGUGCGAAAUGACAAGUCAGGCUGCGUGCAGACCUCAGAGGAGGAGUGCUCAUCCACCCUGGCUGUGUGGGUGAAGUGGCCCCACCACCCCAGCACACCGAUGCUGGCAGGAAGCAAGAGGCAGUUUGGGUCAGUUUGUCAUCAGGACCCCAGAGUGUGCGAGCAGCCAGCAUCAAUGGAGCCACAUGAGUGGCCGGACGACAUCACCAAAUGGCCGAUAUGCACAAAAAACAGUGCUGGAAAUUAUACAAACCACCUUCACAUGGACUGUGUGAUUACAGGCCGGCCCUGCUGCAUUGGGACCAAAGGAAGGUGUGAAAUAACUUCCCGAGAGUAUUGUGAAUUUAUGCGGGGCUAUUUCCAUGAGGAGGCAACGCUUUGCUCUCAGGUUCACUGCAUGGAUGAUGUCUGCGGACUCCUCCCUUUCCUAAAUCCAGAAGUCCCUGACCAGUUCUACCGCCUCUGGCUGUCGCUUUUCCUACAUGCUGGGAUCCUGCACUGUCUGGUUUCAGUCUGUUUCCAAAUGACGAUCCUGCGGGACCUAGAGAAGCUAGCAGGAUGGCAUCGCAUCUCUAUCAUCUACCUGCUCAGUGGCAUCACUGGGAACCUUGCCAGUGCUAUAUUUCUACCCUACAGAGCAGAGGUUGGCCCUGCAGGAUCCCAGUUUGGGAUUCUGGCCUGUCUCUUUGUGGAGCUCUUCCAGAGCUGGCAAAUCCUGGCACGCCCAUGGAGGGCCUUCUUCAAGCUGCUGGCUGUGGUGCUCUUUCUUUUUGCCUUUGGCCUCCUGCCUUGGAUCGAUAAUUUUGCUCACAUUUCAGGAUUCAUCAGUGGUUUCUUCCUCUCCUUUGCCUUCCUGCCCUACAUUAGCUUUGGGAAGUUUGAUUUAUAUAGGAAGCGAUGCCAAAUUAUAGUUUUCCAGCUCAUCUUCAUUGCACUCUUCUCAGGACUUGUGAUUCUAUUCUAUUUCUACCCCAUCAAGUGUGAGUGGUGUGAGUUCCUUACUUGUAUACCAUUCACAGACAAAUUCUGCGAGAAAUACGACCUGGAUGCACAGCUCCACUGAAAGGCAAAGACGGGCUUCUCGAGCAGGCACUGGAGAUGGACUGUCUUUGCAUUUGCUGUGCUAGUUCCAUAUGGACAAAGCUUCUAAUCCAAUGACACUUCUAACCCUGCCCGUGGUUAAUUUAAACUGUCUCUUUAGCACUCGGCAGGCAUGUUUUGCCUUAUCUCAGAAGACUCUGAACAGAAAGUUUGUGCCUUGUUCAAUUGUAUUGAACCUUUUCUGCUGCCAUUAUUUUUAUUACACUAGUUUCAAUACUACAUUUUUAACCAGAGUUAUUUACUACUGCUGAGGUGGUGAUUAAAUGGAAAGGUAGCGUUUUAGCUACUGUUAAUUGUUUUGCA